CCUUUUUCUUUGUCUUUUUAUUAAUUUUUGCCUACUAUUUUCCCUUUAUUUAAACUACAAUAUACCAAUUUAAUUCUCAAAAUGGAGAGAUUUCAAGUCAAUACUAAGCAUGCCACUUCUCACAACAAUCAAAGAGUUAUUUUGAUUGUUCAAAUAUUAUUGAGAAUUUUGGGAUUUGCUUUCUGUUUGUGUGCUGUUUGGAGAAUUGUGACUAGCAGACAGGUUAUCCUUUUUGGCUUUGAUGCCCGUUACACCUAUUCUUCUUCAAUGAAAUUUUUUGCAUAUGCAAAUAUCAUUGGAUGUGCCUUGUCUGUGGUUUCUCUAUUUCUUCUUCUUCUUCUGAUUUUUUGUUGUAAAAGACACCUCGACUCCAGCAAGUACUUUUACUUGUUCCUCCAUGAUUUGAUUGUGUUUGGAUUACUGGUGUCUGGAUGUGCAGCAGCAACAGCAGUAGGAUAUUUGGGUAAAUAUGGGCAGAAGCAAUCUGGUUGGAAUCCUGUCUGUGCCUUUGUUCCUAAAUUCUGCCACAAAGUUACUGUCAGUGUGACUUUAUCUUACAUUGCCACUAUUAUCUACCUUUGCCUCACUAUCAUCUCAGCUUACCAAUCAAGACAGGUUAUUAGGGUUUAGAUUAAGUGAAUGAUAAUGAAUUACUAGUAUUUUAGUAUGAUGGGUGAUUAGUUAGUGUUUUAUGUAUAAAGAGAGUGCAUGGUUUACUCUGAGAUAAACGGUGUUGCAUGCUAUCUAUCUUGUGUUUGUUUUUUAUUUUUCGCUCGAUAUUCAUUAUUUGUAUGCAUUAGGGCUCGAAUAAACCUAAAUUGGUGCUGAAAAUUUUCACACAAGAGUAAUAAAGUGUUUACUAGGGCCUUAAUGAUUUGAUGCCUAAUGGGAUAUCU